AUGGAAGACAAUCUCGAAUUUCUGAAUAAAGCUCGAUUAACUUUCUCAAAAGUUAUCAUUGAAAUUGGUCUUCAAUAUUUAUCAAUUUUUCCUCAUAAUGAUUUAGAAGAAUUUCUUGAAAUUUAUAUGCCACCAUUCAAUGAUAUUCAUGACAUUUUAAAGGAAGCACAGAUCAGAAUCAAGAAAAGACCUUCAAAACAUAAAAUUAAGAAAAAGCAAGCGUCAAAUCGAGAUUCGGAUUCAAGUGUCAAUAAGAUCAUAAGAAAAAUGUCUUUGUAUCCAUCGUUGGAAGAUAUGAAAGUCGAUCAGACAAUUCGCGCACAAAAGCAAGCUUUGGACACAAUUUCUCACCAACAUCAUUUGAUGCAUCAACAUGAGAAUAAUUAUCCAACAUUAGACGUUCCUGGUGUUCCUUCAGCACCGCCAAUGGGCUCAUCUCCCGGCCAAUCACCAGUGUAUCCUGAUCUUGUUAAUUAUAUGGGAUUGGAGUUGUCACAAGACGUUAUUGCAGCUAACAUGCCUGAAUAUAUUCAGAAAGGAAAUGGACAAGUAACAACAUACGUUCCACCAUCAAUGCCAACAAACAUGAUCGCACCCCUGAGUGGAUCUUCCAUUGGCUUGGCUAGAGCUGGAACCACCAACGGUGUUCGCGAGUUAAUCUUGUGCAAAGAUGGAAAAGGAAAAGUUGGAUUGAGAGCUCAAUCGAUCAAUAAAGGCGUGUUUGUAUGUGUCGUUGUUAAAGACUCUCCAGCAGCCAUGGCUGGCCUUCGUUUUGGUGAUCAAAUCUUACAAAUUAAUGGAGCAACUGUUGCUGGAUUCUCUGUUGAUGAUGUUCAUAAAUUGCUGAAGAAAUCUUCACACAACAACAUUUCCGUUGUCAUUCGUGAUCGGCCAUUCGAAAGAACUGUCACACUGCACAAAGACAGCAGCAAUUGUGUUGGAUUUCAAUUCAAGAAUGGAAAAAUUACUUCGAUUGUCAAAGAUUCAUCAGCUGCUCGUAAUGGUCUUUUGAUUGAACAUCAAAUCUUGGAAGUUGAUGGUCAGAAUGUGAUCUCAAUGAAGGACAAAGAAAUUACCAAAAUUAUUGGAAAUGCUGGACAAGUUGUUACCAUCACCAUUAUGCCAACAUUCUUAUACGACCACAUGAUGAAAAAACUUUCAUCAUCAAUGAUAAAAGACAAAAUGGAUCAUUCGAUUCCUGAUUUUUAAGUGUCGAAUCGAUCGCCAUGUGAUUGAAGCCAAAUUAAAAUUUUCUUCAUUUCAUUUUCAAUUUAAGUUUUAAGUAAAUUUAAAUUUGCAUUUAUUUUCAACGAACAAUUUGUCAUUCGAUAUGUGAAAAGACAAAAAAAAAUUACAAUGAGACUUUAAUUUACAAAAAAGUAUUUUUUAAAAAUAAUUUUGAUUAAGCAUAUUUGAAGUUUAAUUAGAAGUGAUAAACAUUUAAGCGGAAGACGUUCAUUUCACUAAUUAAUUCUAAUGAAAGAUUAACAAUUAAAAUUUCCUUCAAACUUCCACAAUCAAAGCCAAUUCACCACAUAAAACUUUUCGAAGUUGAACCAAACUUUGCCUAAAUCAAUAUUUACUCGGUUUUGCAAUUUCUCUAUGGUGCAGUAUAUAAAAUGAAAUACGAAGUUAAUUAAUUAUUCAUGCAUGAAUUUAUCGCAUAAAAUUUUCUAUUAAUCUUUUAAUUCGUUGAAAUAAUUAAAAGAAAUUUUCUCGAGCAAUUUGAUUCCAUUCAUCAACUUUUACUACAAUUUCUGUUUUAUUAUAUUUUGUAAAAAUAGUAACUAGAAAGUUUCUUUAGAAAUAUUUCUAUAUGCAUAAAUGUAUUCAUUAGUCCACUCAUUGAAGGGAGUGUUUCAAGCACAUGUCACAUCGACAACCUCGCGAAAUUUUGGAAGAAACUGAAUUUUCUUGUAGACAAACAGUGAUUAUCAACCUUUGUGCCACGACAUAUUUAAAGAAACCCAUGUGAAAAUUGAAGAAUAUUCUUCAAAUGCAAUUAAAUUGUAAUCAUGUGACAUACAUCAUGGAAUGCUCCCUCAACUAUUUAUUCAUAAUCAUACUCUGAACUUUUAGAAUAGAAUUUUGUAUCGAAGCCAUUAAGCAGACGAGAAUUUUAUAUUUUGUCACAUGCAAAAAAGAAAGAAAGAAAAACAAUUACUUCAAUCAAAAAUGAUUCUGCAAUUACUUUGUUAAUUGUGGCAAUAGAAUUAAACUUGGAAAGCUGAAAAGAUAUUUAUGACAAUGAGAGAGGAAUUUUAAGUUUGAUUUUGAAUGAAAAAUUUCUACAGAAUGUGCAAGAACUGGUGAAGAUGUUAAGAGAAUUGUUGAGUUUAUGAAUGUUGAAGAAGUUAAUGGAUCUAAAUGAUAAGACAUGAAAGCCAACUCAUGAUGAAAAGCUUUCAAACGAAUGAUGAGAAUAUUGAAAGCAUAAAGUGAUGUUUUAACGUUGAUGAAGGGUCAAGGUAGACUUUCGAAAGUUCUUAGAUAACAUCAGUUGAUAAAUAAACUUGUGUACUACUUAGCGUCCCUCUCGUCGUCUAUUGUCACGGUAAUAUAUUUUAAGCAACAUUUAGAUGUUUACUGAAAUAUUAUCUUCUUAAUGAAUCAUACAUACCUAAAGUCUUGUACGCCAGAAUAUCUAUCAAUCAUCAACACAAAACAAUUUUGUUUAAUAAUAUAAAUGAAAAGAAGGAAACUAAGAGACACGAACAAACGGGAAAUGAUCGAUUGAUAUAGCAGGAUGUUCAUUUUUACACGAAAUAAAAAAAAUUAUGUCAAAAAC